GACUCGUGAAACGAAAGAAAUCAAAACCGAAUUUCGAACCUGAAAAAAAAAAGGAAAAAAAAAGAAGAUAGGGAAAAUGGAAGCAGAGAUGGGACUGAUGCGUCGGAUGCCUCCCAAGUACACCGAGACGGCUCUAUCCGCCCUUCUCUCCCUUCUCCCCCAGCACUCCUCUGAUCUCCUCUCUCAAGUCGAUCAGCCCCUCCAGGUUUUGUGCGAUAUCGAAUACGGAAAGCAGUUCAUUUUGUGUGAAUAUAACAGAGACGCAGACUCUUACAGAUCGCCUUGGUCAAACAAAUAUCAUCCGCCACUAGAAGACAGCAGCCUCCCAUCUUUAGAGUUGAGGAAACUUGAAGUUGAAGCAAACGACAUCUUCGCCAUUUAUCUUGACCAGUACUAUGAAGGUGGCAUUUCGUCAGUUUAUAUGUGGGAGGAUGAUAACGAAGGUUUUGUAGGCUGCUUUUUAAUAAAGUCAGAUGGCUCCAAGACAGGACAAGGUAGGAGAGGUUAUCUGCAGGAGGGGGCAUGGGAUGCUAUACAUGUGAUUGAGGUAAACUCUACUUGUCAUGGUAGGAACAACGUGGAUCUGUGGUGAAGGUGUUCAUAUAGUCCUGACACUCACCCCCUUUCACACUUACAUGUGAUUGAGGUAUACACUUAAUGUUCUUUAUUUAGUGUUGACCAAAAAAGGAGUUUCAACACCUUUUAGCUAUUUAAAGUUAUAGUGAACAACUCUUCUUUCUCUUGAUAGUUGUGAUAUGAACUUGCUGUUAGUUUGAAUGGUGCCUUUGUUAGGUCGAGUCAUUUGACAUGAUUAAUCAAAUUGGUUGAGUUAGGAUUGAUUCGGGAUGGACACAAAGUGAGGAAUAGAGAGCUGGAAAAUUUGAAAUUGAAGAUCAAAUAUGUGAAGAAUA